CCGGGCUCCGGGCGCCGCCGCGUCCCCAGCGCUCCGGCGGGCCCCGCGAGGCGGCCUGCGGGGGCGGCGCAGUUGCGAAACUGAGUUCCUGUGUGGCUCAUCCUAGAAUACCUGUCUGGUGCUCUGCCCUUCCUCAAGACUACCUCACACUUCUCCCACUGGGGACUCCAGCGUGGUAAGCUCACUGCACAGACUCUCUGCCUUUUCCAUGUUUUCCUAGAGAAAUGACCUGAUACCUUGAUGACCAGUCUCAGGGCCCUUGGGUGACUGGCUGGGGCACCAUGGAACUUAAAGUAUGGGUGGACGGAGUUCAGAGGAUUGUUUGUGGGGUCACUGAAGUCACAACUUGCCAGGAAGUUGUCAUAGCCCUAGCUCAAGCAAUAGGUCGAACUGGAAGGUAUACUCUUAUAGAAAAAUGGAGAGAUACUGAAAGACACUUAGCACCUCAUGAAAAUCCUAUCAUAUCCUUAAACAAAUGGGGGCAGUAUGCUAGUGAUGUGCAGCUGAUUUUACGUCGAACUGGGCCAUCUCUCAGCGAGCGACCCACAUCAGAUAGUGUGGCUCGAAUUCCUGAAAGAACUUUAUACAGACAGAGUUUACCCCCCUUAGCCAAACUGAGGCCUCAGAUUGACAAAACGAUCAAAAGGAGAGAACCUAAAAGGAAAUCAUUAACAUUUACAGGAGGUGCCAAAGGAUUAAUGGACAUUUUUGGAAAAGGUAAAGAAACUGAAUUUAAGCAAAAGGUGCUGAAUAACUGCAAAACCACAGCAGAUGAGUUAAAGAAACUGAUCCGUUUGCAGACAGAGAAGCUCCAAUCUAUUGAGAAAGAGCUAGAAUCAAAUGAAAUAGAAAUACGAUUCUGGGAGCAAAAAUAUAAUUCUAACCUCGAAGAGGAAAUUGUCCGCCUGGAGCAAAAGAUCAAAAGAAAUGAUGUAGAAAUUGAAGAGGAAGAAUUUUGGGAAAAUGAAUUACAGAUUGAACAGGAAAAUGAAAAACAGCUGAAAGAUCAACUUCAGGAAAUAAGACAAAAAAUAACAGAAUGUGAGAGUAAAUUAAAGGACUAUUUGGCUCAAAUCCAGACUAUGGAAAGUGGUCUUGAGGCAGAAAAAUUGCAACGUGAAGUUCAAGAGGCACAAGUCAAUGAAGAAGAGGUUAAAGGAAAGAUUGGUAAGGUUAGAGGGGAAAUUGACAUUCAAGGCCAGCAGAGUCUGAGGCUAGAAAACGGUAUUAAAGCUGUGGAAAGAUCUCUUGGGCAAGCCACCAAACGAUUACAGGACAAAGAACAAGAAUUGGAGCAGUUGACUAAAGAGCUACGGCAGGUCAAUCUGCAGCAGUUUAUCCAGCAGACAGGGACAAAAGUCACCGUUUUGCCAGCAGAGCCCAUUGAGGUGGAGGCAUCACAUGCAGACAUAGAAAGGGAGGCACCAUUCCAAUCUGGGUCCCUGAAGCGGCCUGGCUCCUCUCGGCAGCUCCCCAGUAAUCUUCGUAUUCUGCAGAAUCCUAUCUCGGCUGGUUUUAAUCCUGAAGGCAUAUAUGUAUAACAUCUGCCUUCAGGGGAGAGACCCAGGAAGGUACCAAGGACAGUGAAAAUUCCUUCUUUGAUUUGUGCCAAUGAUGAACAGAGGAUAUAUUUCACAAGCCACUGUAUCUUUUUUUCUGUCCUAAAUUGCAUACCACUUGGAGCCAUACCCUGUGCACUGAUGCUGAAGAACAAAGAAACUGUGUUUUCCCACAUCUACAGUGUUGACAUUCUUGUCCAGCAGCUGUAAUGCAAAGCCUUCAUUUUUAUUUGUAGCAUUUUGAGAGCAUUAGGAAAGUAUUAUACUGUGUGUAUACAUAAAUAAAACCAUGACUUAAGAGUGAAGAGAAAUAUGUGACUGGCUUAGUUUAUUUAUUCCAUGUAAUCAAUUACUGAGUGAAUGUUGAUGUUUUAAUAUUUUUAUUAAUACUUAUCCUGUGACUAAAUUACAUUGCAUACUGUGUGAUUAUGACUUUGUGUGCAUGUUGCCAGACUCUCUACGUUGCUGACUUAUGGCUACAUGAAUGUCGUAGGGUGCUCCGCCAUCAAAACUAACUCCAGAAGAACUGACUUGCAUUUACUUUGUGAACCCUUCCUAACCAUUGCUUAAUUAGGUGAGAUAAUUCAGGUUUCUUUUUAAUUUGGGGUUUAAUCUUUUCUUUACAGUAUUUCCAACACAUGAACAGAAGGUAUAAGAACAGAAAUAUUUUCAUAAGAUAAAGUCUAUGUUUAAAAGGUUUGCAGUGCUUCAGACGCUAUUGAACAAAAAUCUAAUUGUUGAAUAUCCAAACAGGCAUGGGAUUUCCUGACACAUGAUGUGUUUUAUUUCUGCCCUGCCUUAUUAUUUUAAUCUCAUGCAUCCUCAGAGUUGCCAUAAUAUAUAAAUUAGAGAUGCCUGAGGAUAUCUUCAGGAAGGUUGCUUUCAGUGAUAUAUUUUUUAAGUAAUCCACUUUAUAUAUAUGGUCUGUUCGUGUAAGCACCCACAGAUGCAUUAUUGCUUACACAUAAUUUACUGUGUACAUUAUGGACUAUUGCAGUUUCUCCAAUCACUUAAACAGAAAGUAGGUUGGAAUUAGGUACUUUGUUACCAAGGAAAUAAAGUUAAAUUCAGUGUUUGUUUUCAUUAAUUUCCAUGUUGACUUUUAUAGGACAUUAAUCUCCAUUUGUACAUAUAUUUUCUUAUUUAUAAAGCCAAAAGUGUGUCAACACCCCUCCCAUGAGUACUGACUUAAUUAAGAUUCACAAGCUUAUGUAGAUAGAUGUGGUCAUAUAUUUCUUAGCCAUUUUUACAUUCCCUCUGAUCAAAAUUUGGUACAAUAUAAAUAAGAAUUUAAUCUGAAAUUGAAAGUAGUUUUUAAUUCUGAGGACACAUCUGUCUGUAUUAUUUACAUGCAACAAAGUAAAAAUGAAUUAGUAUAUUAAUGCCAUGCUAACAGUUAAAAGAUGUAAGUUGUAUCUUAUGCAUGAGGGUAACUUUGGAUGUUUUAAACACAUUUGACUUAUUUUUGGUUUAAUGAAUGCUGAGAAUGCUGCUAUAUUUAGGUUUCCAAUGAAAAAUUUUAAGAAUGGCUGUGAAAAUAUAUAGAAGCUUCAAAGAACUGAAAGUAAUAAUGCAGAGUUGCCUUUUCUAGUUCAGCUAAAUGGCAGACCUCAACUAAAAAUAUUUUCUUUGGGUUCUUAGAGUUAUCCAGUUGACCUUGCCAUUACACUAUUUUGCAAAUAACUUGAGAAAUAAAUGAUUCUUACCUAACAACCACGACGACCUAUACCCAUUGCUCUCAAUUUAUAAUUGUUAUUUCGUAUCUACUAUAUUCAAAAACUAGGAGAAUUUUAAAAACAAAAUAAUUUGUAGAUGUUAAAACAAUGAUUUAUGGAUGCCCAAUAUAUGCCUUAUUUUUAAAGGGUUCCAUUCUAUACUGGGUCGUUUUGUUAUUGUUCAGAGAAACUGAGAUCUUAUUCACAAAGAAAAACUUUUUAUAAAUUGAUCACAUUCUACUUAAAUCAAAAUGUUAAACUGAAGAUAUAUUAAUUGCAAAGAUGUUUGGCAUGCCAUGAAAACACAAAGUCAAUAUCCAACUUCAUUGUUGUAAAUGAUUAUCAGCAUUAACCUCAUAAAGAAAGACUGGCAGGAUUCUCACAACUUCAGCUGAAUUUUCAAGCUGCCAGAUAAUCUUCACAGACUUAAUGACAAAUAGAAAUACUCUUUCCUAGAUGAGAAGAAUAUAUAAAUGUGAAUUUGAUUAAUAUACUGAGAAGCUGUACUUUUUAAUCAGUUAUAUUACUUCUGGAAGCACACCUCUAAGAAAUAUUUUCUAAGUCUUUUUUUAAAAUAGAGACUAGAAAAUUCAUUUCCCUAGGAUAUCUUAAAAAUAUCUUAGUCUGUUUCUGGUCAUUUUUAUCUGUUGCAAAUACAAAUGAAUUAAGAUUAAGUGCCACACCUUUGGAUACAUUUCUGAGGGGGGAGUGGGCAGUGGUAUAAAAAAUACCAAAUAGAAAAUUCUACAUCUGGGGGAAUACUCAGGUUCUAAAUACUAAAUUAGAUUUCAGAGUUUUUUUCAUUAUUAUUACACUGCAAGUUCUUUUUCUGUUUGUUUAGCCACUCCCACAGAAUGUGGAUGUUCCCAGACCAGGGAUAAAACCUGCGCCAUAGCAGUGACCUGAGCCACAGCAGUGACAAUGACGGAUCCUUAACCCAGUGAGCAACCAGGGAACUCCACACUGCAAGCUGUUUUAUUGUGAUUUUCUACAGAUUAAAUACAUUAGAAGAUAUUUUUUCCUACCAAGGAAUAAUUUGAAUUAGCAUUGAUAUAUUUGACACUCUUGAGUGUUUGUCAUCCUCAGAGAAUGAUCCAUAGUGGGUUGCCUCAGUCCUCUUGUUACUCUUUUGAGAUAUUUUGGUUUAUUAGUUUUUUUUGUUCUUGAUACACAGGGAAUUCAUAUGUGAGACUUUGGUUGGUGCUAAUAGGUGUUACCCAUUUGAUUCCUUCAGCCAUCACUGAGCGUUCAAAUUCAUCAUAAACUAGAACUGAAACUACUACAGUAAAAAUAUAGAAUUUAUGGUGUGAAAUGUGAACGUUAACAGUGUUUAAGAAGAACAAAUAAACGCUUGCUUCCAGAACAUAAGUAAAUUUUGUACCUGCAUUUAAAGAAAAUUUUCUUUGUGAAUAAGAGUAAAUCGGUCUUUCAGAAAAGCAACUUCAUGUAAAGCCAUUUCUGUGAACCUCUUUCCAAGUUAGGACUGUAGUAACGAAUUGAGGAAAUAAUACGGAAAUGGCAAAACUCUUGAUUUCAGGUGUGCCGAGGGCAUGGGUAGAUGAACUGUUCCCUGUGUGCAUUGCCUUUGAAAAAUUGGGCCUUAAUUUAUAUGUAAAUAACAACGCUGUGUUCACAUCCCUCUUCUACCUAAAGUUGUCUUUAUUAGUCUAUAUUGUAUUAAAAUUUAGCUCAUAAGUAUUACUUUUAUAUUAUGUCAUUUUUUUUAAGUUGCAUGUUUAUACCAUUUACUACAGUAUUUUUAAGUUUUGGGUGAAGGCCAUCAGCUGUAUGGAGAAGACAGAACAAUCACUAUUUAUUCAGUGUUGCUGCUUUAUGUUUCCCGAAUAAGCUUUCGAUGCCAGGACAGUGACUGCUUGAAAGCUGCAGGAGCUCUAUUCCAAUGCAUUUUAUAUAUUUUUAGAAACCAGAUAAAUGCAGAUAACUAUUUAGUAUACUCAUUAUAUUAAACCAGCAGAAAUAUAAAGGCAAUAAAGUAUAUACAUAUAUAUAUAUGGGGGGAGGGGAAAGAUUUAAAAAUAGAUUUACAGCCAGACACAGUGAUAGCCCUAAAUGUAUUUCUCGGUCUGUCUUUCUUUAUUGACCUGAAGAGGAUUUGAGUUGCUGCAGCUUUAAACAGAAAAUUGCCACGUUCACUAACUGUGGACACAUAAAUAUGCUUUUAGUACUGCUUUGCUUAUGUGCAAAUAAAAUAUCUGUAAUCUGUAUUAUAUGUAAUUAUUCUUUGCUUUUGACCUUCAUUUCAAAAUGUAUAUUUUCUGAUUAUUAUCAUGAGCUGUAAAACAAAGGAUCAAUAUCUGAUAUUCUCCCAAAUAAUAAAUUUUCAGGAUUCACUGGGGUAUUACAA